AGGAACUUCGACGAUCCAACCAUUUCCUUUCUCUUCAAUAUCUUUAUUAAUGAGCCUUUUUCAUUAUUGAUCCUACCUCCAAUAAUAAUAGCUGGACUACUAGAAAUAGGUGUUGUUGGAACAACCUUUUACAUGGGUCCUGAAGAUCGUGACGUG